CUCGCGAGAUGGGCGGUGCUCGGCGGGACAUCCGGGAGCGCCGGGACAAGAUGGCGGUGGAGUCGCGGGUGACGCAGGAGGAGAUCAAGAAGGAGCCCGAGAAGCCGAUCGACCGCGAGAAGGUGGCCGGGAUGGGCGGCGGUGGUGCCGCGCCGCCUCUCCGGGCGCGGCGGGGUGGACAGCGACGGUUUUGGCAAGCUUUUUUUACUGUUGCUUUUGAGAAGGUGAAGCACUUUGGUUUGUUUGUUCAAUCUAGGAUGGAUGCAACUCUGAAAGAGCUGACCAGCUUAGUGAAAGAAGUUUACCCAGAAGCACGGAAGAAGGGCACACACUUCAAUUUUGCAAUUGUUUUUACAGAUCUCAAGAGGCCUGGCUAUAGGGUGAAGGAGAUCGGCAGUACCAUGUCGGGCAGGAAGGGAACAGAUGAUUCCAUGACAUUGCAGUCUCAGAAAUUCCAAAUAGGAGACUACUUGGAUAUAGCCAUCACUCCUCCGAAUCGCGCACCGCCCCCAUCAAGCCGCAUGAGACCUUACUAAACUACUGCUUCUUUGUAUGAUUACACAUUCUCUUUAUUCCUACUUGCUGUUCUAAAGCAGGCUUAUUUUUGUGCUUUUGUUGCUAAGCACCUGAAAACAAAGCAGAGCAUCAGAAAGGAAAGUUAACUCUUAAACCUUAAGUUUUAGUUUAUUUGUUUAGUAGAAACUCUUUUUUUUUAGCAGCGCCAUCAUCCUAUCCCUGAUUGUUGCAGUUUGAUUAGUAAGUUAGCGUGUCCAGUGUUUCAAAGCUUCCAUAAAAUAUGACCGGGAGGAUUACAGGUGGUCUGUAGUUCUGUCUUGUUUGGAAUAAAGAUUGAUGUUAUUAAUCUUU